AGACAUAAUGUUGACGUCAAAUUAUACUUUUAUCCUUUAAAUUAACACUAACACGACAUAAGUUCAAAAAAAGGACUAUUUGUGGAAAGGUACCCUUAAAAAAGGACUACGGGAGUAAUAUUUAAUAAUAGAGGAUUAAAUAUAAAAACCAUCUGUUAUAAAGGAACAAUUAUAGAAUUUAUUCAAUAUUUUAAAAAUAGGGAGUAACUUAGCUUCAUAAAUUAUGAGAAUUAAAAAGAUAAUACUCCGUAGUUCUCAUAUGCAGCGGAUGGCAGCUCCUGGUUUCUUCAGAACUACUCUCUUCCCGUCCUUCUCCUUCACUGCCGCCAUUUCAAUCUCUCCCACUCAACCCAGCUCCUUUCUCCUCAAAGCAUCAAAUAUGGAAGGGAGUGAGAUUAAAGCGGAAGAGGAGGCCGGAAGCAGCCAUAGGAAGAGAGUAUUUGUUGCAGGUGCCGGCGGGAACACCGGGAGGAGGAUAGUCGAACAGCUUCUGACAAAGGGGUUUUCUGUCAAGGCCGGAGUCCGGGAUGUGGAGAAGGCGAAAACAGGCUUGCCUUUAGGAAACCCUAAUCUUCAAUUUGUAAAAGCUGAUGUAACAGAGGGAUGUAAUAAAUUAGCAGAUGCCAUAGGUGAAGAUACAGAUGCAGUGAUAUGCGCAACGGGGUUUCGGCCUUCAUGGGAUUUAUUUUCUCCAUGGAAGGUGGAUAACUUUGGAACAGUAAACCUUGUGGAUGCAUGCAGAAAAUGCGGAGUGAAUCGGUUCAUCCUUAUCAGUUCAAUCCUAGUAAAUGGAGCGGCAAUGGGGCAGUUGCUCAACCCAUCAUAUGUCAUUCUCAAUGUGUUUGGCCUGGUAUUGAUUGCAAAGCUACAGGCAGAGAAAUAUAUAAGGAGAUCUGGGAUCAACUACACCAUUAUAAGGCCCAGCGGCUUAAAAAAUGAUCCUCCUAAGGGAAACAUAGUCAUGGAACCUGAGGAUACACUCUUUGGUGGUUCUAUAUCAAGAGAUCAUGUUGCUGAAGUUGCAGUUGAGGCAUUGCUCCACCCAGAAUCUCACUACAAAGUGGUCGAGAUCGUUUCUAGCACCGAAGCCCCGAAGCGCUCUUUCCCAGAGCUUUUUGGUUCUAUAAAACAGCGGUAGCUUCGGCUACCCGUGUAAAGAAUGUGUAAAAAUGUAAUCUUGGAAAAACCCUUCUUUCUCAAUAAACUAAGGUUAUGCUAUUAGCCUUUGGAUGAUGUUGUUAAGUAAGCCUUCAAUGUUGUUAUACAUAGGUUUUCUGUAAUUGAUGUUCGUUUUGGGGGUCUUACAAUUUGGCCUAGUUGAAUAUAAUCAAAUUUCAAUCUUCAU